CACAACUUCAACAAAGACAGCUGCACCUCGGUGCACCUACACCCCCGACUUGCCAAUUGCAACCUUUGGCGACAUUUGCAUCUCGCUCGAACAACCUCCCAGGCCAUGGGUAGGGAUAGAACACACUGGCUCCGCUGAAUGGGAGGACACAGGUACUUGCAUCAGCUCUGGUACCUGGUUCGGGUACCCCACCAAAGUGAUCGGCCGCAAGACAGUACGAGUACGGAAUACUCCAUAGCCAUUCUCAACUACCACCCUCCGCAAGCUAUCUCUUGCACUUACACUUGCACCUGCACCCGAUCUUCUACCCUUCGAACCGGUGAUGCUCGUAGCCAGCAACAUGAAUCGUUUUCUCAGCAAACGGGAAAAGAUUGGCACCCACAAGCGUGAGAAGUCAAGGGAGAAGGCCGGGGCCGUUGACAGGAAGGUAAGGCGCUGCCUGCGUAGCCUCUCUCUUACUCUCUUGUCAGCAUGCGAGUGCUCAUAUCGAAGAAGAUACUCCACGUCUCUCUUCCUAUGAGCUCCAUCUUUGCCGCCUUUUCGAAUCCUCAUGGAAAGGGCGUGCCAGUUGCUGAAACCACUUGCCAUACAAUUCAUGCCACAACUGCUAAUGAUCGGCCUGGCUUCCUGCUACAGAUCAGACCUCUCUCUAGCGAUGGCCUCUUCUCCAUGUUCAAGUCGGAUCCGCAGAAGAAAAUGGAUAAGGAGCUGAGCAAUAAAGUACGGUGUCAAUAGACAAUGUUUCCCCAAAUUCGGUCGUUGACAAGGUUUAGAUACAAAAGAUUCGAGACCGACUAGCCCAGCACGGAUAUUCAAGCAUAGGCGACGAGCAGAUUACUUAUUCCCUAUCCUCGAGACACGCCGAUGGGGACGCUGAUAGAGCAUUCGAAAUGUUGUUGCUGUUCCAGGAAUCCGUAGAGGGUAUCAUCAAACCAUACGAUUCAUCGGUACAGAUGCAAGGCGCAGAAAACCGAGAAGGAGUAACAUGCUAUCUCGAUGCCCUACUGUUUGCCAUGUUCUCCCGUCUAGGGAGCUUCGAGCCCAUCCUAUACAAUAAUUUCGAGGAUGAGCCGAGACGUAGACUUUCCACCCUCAUCCGAUUGUGGGUAAAUUUGCUACGGACAGGCAAGCUGAUACAGACCGAUGUUGUACGUUAUAAACGACAUUUCUCUACUAACAGUAACUAAUGCUUGCAGACUGGCCAUCUCCAGGACGCUAUGGCAGCAUGUGGUUGGGAGGAUGCCGGAAAACUGGAGCAGCAGGAUACAUCCGAAGCUUUUCACUUUAUCACGGAGAAGCUGGAACUGCCGUUGCUCACCCUGAAGAUGGACAUUUACCAUACAGGCAAGGUAGACGAUAGAGAUGACCACAAAUUCGUACAAGAGCGAUUGCUCGAGGUUGCGGUGCCGGAAGAUACUGACAAUACACGUCAAAUCAAAUUAGAAGAUUGCCUUGAGAGAUACUUCAACAACCGAGUUGAGGUUGUCCGAAGACUUGAGCGCUCCAAUACAAGAUCAUCGGUUCGCUCAGCGUCGUCUCCCUUCACAGAAAAAGAAGAGUCGCAGCAUAUCGAGGUAUCCGAAAUGCCGUGGGGCCCAGAUACUCCAACCUCUGUCCAUGCACCCGCUGCUCCCAUCGCGCCUAAGAUUCACAAUCCCCUACCCACUUUAAAUCGCAACGGAAGCAUAAUACGGCAUCGCAUAAUACACGAGGACGAGAAGAACGGCGAGAAGAGCGGCCACGACAGAAAUGAAACUCCUGAUUCAGUACGCCGGGGUUCUCUUCGAAAGGAAGUGCUGAUGCCAGCAUGGCAAUUCUUUAAUCUAAUACGUCCGUCACCAUUUUAUUCAGAUAUGAAGCCAUUUUUUAGGCGUGCUCCCCUUGAUACCCGAGAUUCAGUACUAAUCGGUGAAACAGCUUGGUACACAAAACAUUCUCCUGCGAAUGAUGCAGAAGUCGCAGCUCACUUCUCGCAAACACGCCCAGUUUUAGGAAUCUGCUUGAAGCGUUACGCCAUGACAAAUGACGGCCAGGCGACAAGGAAAGACACAUUCAUAGAUAUCCCUCUCGACAUCAAACUACCUCAUUUCAUUCAAGAAGACAUGAUUUCCGAGGACGGCCCUCUGAUGGGAAACUUCAAGUUGUCAUUGCAAUCCGUUAUAUGCCAUAGAGGCACUUCUGUUCACUCCGGUCAUUACAUUUCAUUCAUUCGCGGGGCCACCCAGGCAGCAGAUGGCGACAUUGGAUCUUCCCGGAGACUCAGCAACAACAUGCAUCCACCCCACUAUGCAGAAGAUAGAUGGAUCAAGUUUGACGAUCUAGCAGAUCCACGAGUUCAGUAUGUAGACAUUGAGAAAGCCAUGGUUGAGGAAAUGCCAUAUCUACUCUUUUACCAAGUCCAACCAACCUACGAGAUGACGCCGUCGAGAUGUCCCGACAUUCUACCACCUUCGUACACAUCCCCCACCAUCGGAGUGACUUGCUCCUCGCCAAGAUUAGCAGCUAGGAAAGAGAGGAUGCAGGAUGGUUAUUUUGAUGGCGCCAACGAUCACUCCAAUCGGUUAUCAUCGGAAACCGAAGUACAAGAUGAACCAAGGAUAAGUAUUAACAUGUCCGAGGAGCGCCGCGGUAGCAUACUUACCGAUAUGAGCUUGACGAGUAGCAAGAGCACCCAGAUGACCUCAGCUCCUGUGACUCCAGGUGCCGUCACUCCCACUGGGGAAGAAACCACAGGACAAAGAAUGUCACGGGCUGCAGCGAGAUUCAAAACUACAAACAAAAGUCGCCCUACCAGCGCUGCAGGGGAAGGGCGGUUGAGCUUGACACUUUCAAGACUGAAUUGGAGAGCCAGCAAAGAACAACUCAUCAGCAAAACCGAAGGUACAAAGGAAAUUGUCGAAAAGGAGAAUGUCAGUUCACCAGAAGCCCAAGAACCAAAUGCCACUGACGAGGUUCACAUCACAAUGGACGAAGAAAACACCCCAAAGCUGAAGAAAAGCAAAAAGCGAGAUAAGAGUAGAGGGCCAGGAGAGGUCGUAGAUCCCGAGCAUGAGAAUCAUCAUCAUGACAGGAGUAAAGGGAAGGCGAAGGAAAAGGACAAGACUAAAGAUAUUGAUAGGGAAUGCAGCGUCAUGUGA